AUGCCCGCACCCGCUCCGUCGCGCCCGCAGGACGAACGAACCUCGCUCCUCGCGCGACCUCCGCAGGACAGGCCACUGAACCCUCGAGCAGCCUCAUUUCGGCUCCACUACGGCACACACGAGUCGAGCGAGCAUCAGGCGGGACAACCGAACGCCCACCGCCCCUCCCCUCCGUCCCGAACUCGCUCGCCCUCCCUCCUCUCGCACGACUCGGCACUCUCGAGCGCAUCCGCCUCCUCUUCAUCUUCAGCAUACUCCCUACCGUCCCUCCCGCGGAUCGAAUUCGCCCACCUCCUCCUUCUCACACUCACGCUCCUCCUCCUCUGCGUCUUGCCGUUCGUACUCCUCUGGCUGUACAAGCGCCGCGUCGAAUGGGAUCCCUUUGGAUUGGGCGUUGGAGCGUGGCUUGCGGCGGAAAUGGGGAGAGAAGUCGUUUUCGAGGUGUUCACCUCGACGAGCGACGUCGAGCUCGAGGACGGUGGACCAGCGGAUGAAGCGCAUUGCCCUCCUCUUCCCGAACAGACCCUCGCACUACCCACCAUCGCCCACUCGCUCCUUCAAGAACUCCUCCGCCUCUUCGCCCUCCACCUCGUCGUCCGUCUCCUCCCUCCCUUUCCCCCCUCCCCCUCUCCCUCUCCCUCUCUCCGUCCACCUCCGACCUACCCGCCCUCACUCCCGCCGCUCGAUCCACUAUUCUUCUCAGCUCUGUGGUUCGCACUCGGCUGGAGCGCGACGGAGAUCGUUUGGAGUUCGAGGAGGCUGUGGAGGCAGUUGGAGUUGUAUAGGGAGGUACUUGGUCAGGACGGAGGAGGGGAGGAGGAGGUUUUGAGAGGUGUGCCGCGGGUGCAGGGAGAGGAGGAGGAGGAGGAAGCAGGGCGGGAGGAAUGGAGGUUUGGGAGGAGAUGUAUGGAUGUUGCCGAUGGCUUGCCGGAGCAUCUCAUUCAUCGGCACUCGUCGAGCGACAACGGCGGCGACGACGACGAUGGGCGACACAGGCAUGACGAUGAGCGAGAUGGAGGGUUUGGCGAAGACGAGGACGACAUGGACGACGAGGUCUUCCGGCUGCGGAUGCGCGAGGUGCAGCGCGAGGAACUCGAGGCGCAGCUGGGCGUGCCAUUGUACGAAGUACCCGUCGGAGUGAUCUUUAUCUGGCGUCUCGAUUCUAUCCUCCUCUCACUCGUCUUCACCCUCCUCCUCUCGCUUCCCUUCCGCCUGACGCCCCCAACACUCAUAACCUUCUCCCUCUGGCCAACCUUCCUCAUCGUCUCCUCCACGCACGCGCUGCUCGCCUGGCUCUGGCUCGCGAAGGUCAGGAGGAUGGGAAUCCCGAGCAUCAGCUAUGCUAGUCUGGUCGUUUUGGUGGGGUUGUUGUUUGGGACGUUGGGCGCUUGGGGGGUGUUGCAAUGA